AUGAGUGAAUUUAUAGACCGCCCACGAUCAGAACUUACUGAACUCGAACUUGCCAAAUUAGAAGAAUUUGAAUUCUUACAUGGACCAAUGUCACUAAUAAGCCAAGCCCAAAAGCAAAAUACACCUGUGGUAAUAUCGUGUCGAAACAAUCAUAAAUUGGUGGGUAAAAUUCGAGCCUUUGAUAGACACUGUAAUUUAGUAUUGGAAAAUGUUAAGGAGUUGUGGACUGAAACUGUAAAGAAUGAAUUCAACCAAACAAAGAGUGUUUCGAGGGAGAGGUUUAUCAGUAAGAUGUUUUUGAGAGGUGAUUCUGUCAUUAUAAUAUUAAAAGCUUAA